AACAAAAUAGAAUAGAAGAUAAACAUGAAUUAGUCUUCAUUUUCCAAUCCCAGCUGCCUCUCCCUGUUUGCUUGGAAUUCCCUGAUUUGCCACUUGUUGUAAAGCAAUGGGCGGAGAUAUCAACCAGAAGCUGCUAAUAGAAGCUAAGAAGAAUGAAGAUGGAGAUUUGAAAUUUAAAGAAAAGCUAUGGACUGAGUCAAAGAAGUUGUGGAUUGUCGCCGGCCCUGCAAUUUUCACCAAGUUUUCAACCUUCGGUGUCACUAUAAUCAGUCAAGCUUUUGUUGGUCACAUUGGACCUACUGAGCUUGCUGCCUUUUCCCUUUGUUGCACUGUCCUUUUUAGGUUUGGCAAUGGUGUUCUGAUUGGUAUGGUUAGUGCAUUGGAAACAUUGUGUGGACAAGCAUUUGGAGCAAAACGAUACCAUAUGCUUGGGAUAUACCUUCAAAGAUCAUGGCUACUUUUGUUUUUGACUACCAGUUGCCUUCUUCCUUUAUUUAUCUUCACAACCAAAAUUCUUAUAGCUUUAGGCCAAGAUGAAAAGAUAGCAAUAGUGGCAGGUUAUAUAGGUCAUUGGUUCAUCUUCAUCAUGUUUUCAAUGAUCAUAUCAUUUACUUGCCAAAUGUUCCUACAAUCACAGAGCAAGAAUAUGGUUAUUGCAUACUUAGCAGCAUUCUCUAUUGGAACCCACAUCUGUCUUUCAUGGCUCUUAACAAUGAAACUCAAGUAUGGGCUCAUUGGAGCUUUGCUAUCCACAAUUUUGGCCUAUUGGAUACCGAAUAUAGGUCAGCUUAUCUUUGUUACAUGUGGAGGCUGUAAAGAUACAUGGAAGGGUUUCUCAAUGUUAGCUUUCAAGGAUCUAUGGCCUGUUGUAAAGCUAUCUUUGUCAUCUGGUGCUAUGCUUUGUCUUGAGCUUUGGUACAACACAAUAUUGGUUCUUCUAACUGGAAACUUGAAAAACGCUGAGAUUGCAAUUGAUGCUUUUGCCAUUUGUCUAAACAUUAAUGCAUGGCAAAUGAUGAUAUCACUUGGUUUCUUAGCUGCAGCAAGUGUUAGGGUGUCAAAUGAGCUUGGAAGAGGAAGCUCCAAAAGUGUGAAAUUCUCAAUUAUGAUCAUAACACUUACAUCGCUUUGCAUUGGAUGCGUGACAUUUGUGUUGUUCUUAUGCCUUAGAGGACGUUUAGCAUAUGUAUUCACUGAAAGCGAAGAAGUGGGCAAUGCAGUUGUGGAUUUAUCUCCAUUGUUGGCUUGCUCCAUACUUUUAGACAGUGUUCAACCUGUCCUCUCUGGAAUUGCUAUUGGUGCUGGAUGGCAAAGCAGUGUGGCAUGGGUUAACAUAGCCUCCUACUAUUUAAUUGGCAUUCCAAUUGGUGUUGUGCUCGGAUACGUCUUCAACAUGGAAGUCAAGGGUGUUUGGGUUGGCAUGUUGCUAGGAAUAUUUGUUCAAGCUCUUGUUCUUAUUAUUAUCAUCUGGAAAACUGACUGGGACAAGCAGGUUCUCUUGGCUCAAUCGCGAGUUAACAAGUGGUUUGUACCAAAUUCCAGGGAAACAAACAACCACCAAGAAAAUGGUGUUUGAAGGGGCUAAUCUUCAUUUUCUUUGUAGUUAAACCUACUUAAUAUCGAAUGAUUCAAUCGAUUAAAACAAUUUACGUUGGAUUUAUAUAAGAUAGAAGAUUAGACGAU